AUGGCGGUCAUCGACAGAGUGCCCGGCAUAGAGGUCGUCGUCAAGGUCAAGGGCUCAACUGCAGCCGAGCACGAUGACCCUGAGGGCAAUGACUCAUACGGGCCUGACACUGUGACCAAGUACAUUGAGAGUGUCGACGGAGCCGAGUUCUCGGUCGUGACGGAAGUCAAAGCAGAGUAUGAUUGGAAUCAACCGAACCAUUAUGUUAGCCACUAUGUCCAUGUAGACGGCAUAUGUAUGAGGAACACGAGGCUUUCGCAGCAGGAUGUGUCGUUGCCAUACGAAGUCGAUGGCCGAAAGGAGAGGCAGCCCGGCGCAGAGGAUUGGGUACUGCGGAAAUUCAAGUUCGCACCGGUAACAACAGUUGACAAUUCCGACCCUUUGCGCAUUGACUCGGGAAGAGGUACUACCAGUGAUCUUGGCACCAUCGUCGUCAAAGUCUAUCGGACAAUAGAAGGAGAGUUGAUUACAUCUCAUGAGCCUGAGGAAUACAAGACAUCCUCCCUACAGAUCUCAGAGAAGCUGCUCAAAGGAAGAUCUGUGUCCCACGGCACGGCGUUGUCCGAAGGCGAGGCUAUCAGAGCCCCGUACAACUUAGACAGGAAACUCAUCUUUAUAGAUGGCAAGCCUUUUGCGAAAUUCCGCUUCAUCUAUAGAUCUCGAGAUGCACUCAGGACUGAAAUGAUCAUCCCACGAAUGAUCACGCCCGAACCACUCAAUGCCUUAUCGACUUCCAACUCACAGAGACUGGCUCGCAGCCCGUUGGAUACGAAGACAAAGCCUCGAGUCAAGCUCGAGCCAUCCCUCAAGAGGGAACGUGUUGAGACGAUAGAUCUUACGGGGGACGAGUUUGAGUCACAAGACGCCAAAAGAACUCGACGCCUUACGCCAAUUGAUUUGACGGGGUCUUAG